GUUGCAGAAUAUGUCGCCCAAAAAUGGCCGACUCCUUCGCUGGAGCCUAGCUUUGCAACAGUUUUCUUUUGAGGUCAGGUACAAAAAGGGUAAACUGCACACCAACGCGGAUGGCUUGAGCCGACGCUCAAAAGGGUCUGUGGCUGAAGGCGACAUGGCAAAGGGAGGAGAGGAGGAACGUCCUGCGCAAGUGGCAUGCCCCCUACCACCGAAUGCAGUGCAGCAUCCACCAGGUGCCAUGCCAGUCCGGAGAACUAGGGCCAAGUCUGGAGUUGAUACGGCACGGGAUCUGCUGUCCAUUCAGCAGGACCAGCUGGCUGUCCAGCGAGAACUGCUGGCCACACAGCAGGGUCUGCUGGCCACCCAGCAGCAGCAGCUGGCAGUUCAGCCAGAAAUGCUGCUCGUGCAGAGAGAGGCAGUCGAUGCACUCCGUCGACUUGCAAGCGCUGUAGAGGGACAAGCAGCAGCAAGUGCGCACCAGUCGUCCGCACUGACUUCGCUAGUGCUUCAGCUCGUCGGUGUGCAGAAUCUCCAUCCGCCAGCCGAAUAAAGUUAGGUUACAUGUUGAGACCUCAUGGCGGUUGCAUGGAACAAGAAGAAAAGGAAUG